AUGUUUAUUAAGCCUCUCGCCAGGAUGAGCGGAAAUCACGCUGACGUGGAGACGAAAGAGCUAGGCGAAGAUAAGACAACGCGGAAGGAGUCAGGGAGUAAAGGGCCGGAAAAAGGGGAUCAAGAAGCGGAGGAGAAGGGUGAGAAAGGAAGGGAGAAAGGUGAUAAAAGGGAGGUGGUGAAAGGCGAUAAGGGGGAGGCGGUGAAAGGCGAUAAAGGGGAGACGGUGAAAGGCGAUAAGGGGGAGGCGAUGAAAGGUGAUAAAGGGGAGACGGUGAAAGGUGAUAAAGGGGAAUCGUUGAAAAGUGAUAAGGGGGAGGCGGUGAAAGGUGAUAAGGUGGACUCGUUGAAAGGUGAUAAGGGGGAGAGAGAGGACAAGGAAGGAAAGGGAAAGAUCCCGAAGGAAAGGGGGAGAGGCGAAGAAGGUAAAGAGGGAGUGAAGCAAGGGAUGGAUGGGAAGGUGAUUGAUAUGGUUGGACUGGGGAAGACAACGAGCGAAGGCGCAAGGAAGGAGAAGGAGACGGGCGAAAUGAGGGGGAAAGGAGGGGAGGGAAAGGGGGAGGAGAAGGAGGGAAAGAAUUCGAAGGGAAAUGGGAAGGAGCGGGAGGAGGAUAGAAGGGAAGGGAAGGAGGAGAAGGAGAAAGGGGAGAAGAUGGAGGAGGAGAAGGAGAGGGUGGAAAAGGAGGGGAAGGAGAAGAAAGAGAAGAAGGAGAAGAGGGAGGAGGGGAAGGGAAGGGGAGGGAAGGAGGAUCUUCCGAAGGAAGGAAGCGAGACGAGGAAUAAGAGUGAGGAGGGGGAUGAGAAAAGAAAAAGGCAUGAGGUGAAGGAUAACGAGAGAAAAGAAGAGAAUGAGAGAAAAGAGGAGGAGGAGGGAGAGAUUGCUGCUGACGAGCACCAAAAGGGGAAGGAGAAAGAUAAAGGCGUCGAACCUGGCGAGGAAGGAGAGAUUGGGGAGGAAGAGAAUAAGAAAACUAAGGAGAAGGGGAAGGAAAGGAGGGAGGAGAAGAGGGAAGGGGAGAAGGGGAAGGAUGAGACAGGAGAGAUGAUUCGAGGCGACGAGAGGACAGAAAAGAGGGAGAAGAAAGAAGGAGAUGAAGAGGAGAGGAAGAAAGAGAGGAGAAAGAGGGAUGACAAGGACGAGGAGAGGCGGAAAGAGAGGAAGAGAGAGAGGAGGGAGGAAAGGAGAGCGGAGGAGAAAGGGGAGGGGAAGAGGAAGGAGAGGAAGACCGAGGAGGGGCAGGAUGUGAAGUCAAAAGAGAGGAAAGAGAAGAAGGAGAAGAGGGAGAAGGAAGAGAAGAGACAGAAGGAAGAGAAGAGAGAGAAGGAAGAGAAGAGAGAGAAGGAAGAUAAGAGGGAGAAGGAAGAGAAGAGGGAGAAGGAGGAGAAGAGAGAGAAGGGCAGUGAGCAGCCUCUGUUGAGCCCUGGAAACUCGGCAACCCCAGGCUUUAAGAGCCCUGAGCACUGUGUUAUGAGCCCGGAUCAAGGAGCAAAGCCCUUAGAAGAUGAGGUGAAAAGUCCUGAUGAGUUGAAAAGUUCGAAGGAGUUGAAAAGUCCAGAGGAUUCAAAGAGUCCUGGCGAUUUACAGAGUCCUCCGGAGAAACGGAGUCACAGUGGUCUAAGUCCAGGAAGAUUAGAGAGUCCUGGGGGUUUCAAGAGUCCUGAGAAGGAGAAGAGUCGUGGAGAAGGAGUUAAAAGCCCUGCUGUGGGAUUGAAGAAGGCAGAACAGCCGGCAGAAAGUGCAGAUCAGGUUAGAGGGAGUCUUGACGUGUCUGUGAAUAUGGACGGUUGCUCCAAAGGAAGCCCGGGUCAGUCUAUAGCGAGUAUGGCCAGUCCUGGGGUGAAUAGUCUGGAGGAGGGAGAGAGGAGAAGGAGUUUGGAAGGGCGGGGGGAGAAAAGUGAGGAAGGGAAGGAGGCGAAGAGGAAGAGGGAGGAGAGGGAUAAGGAGGAGAAGGAGAGGAGGAGAGAGGGGAAGAGGGAGGGGAAGAGGGAUGGGAGGGAUGAGAAAGAGGAGGCUAGGAGGGAGGAGAGGAAGGAGAGGAAGAGGAAGGAAAAGAGGGAGAGGAGGGAGGCGAGGAAGGGGGAAGGGAGGGAGGAGAAUAAGGGGAAGGGGAAAGGGGGUGAUGAUGAGAGAGGAGAUAAGGAAGAGGUGAAAGAGGGAAAGACUGUGGGGGAAAAGGAGGUGUUGAAGGAUAGUGACCAACAUAAGGAGGCCGAUGGGAAAGUGAGGGGGGAGAGGAGGGAGGGAGUUGGAGGAGAGGAGAAAGGAGGGACGGUGGAGAGCAGGGAAGAGAAAGCAGAGGAGAAAGGAAAGCAGGAAGGAGGGACGGCAGAAAGCAACAAGGUGACAGAAGAGGUGAAGGAGAAUGCAGGGAAUGCAGAGGAGAGGGCAGUCGAGAGGGCAGAGGAGAGAGGAAAUGAUAGGAGAGGUGAGAGGGUGGAGAAAGGAGAGACGGCGGAAAACAGAGAGGUGAAAGAAGAGGGAAAGGCGGAUGAGGAAGUAAAGGUGAAAGCAGACGAGAAGGUGGGGGAAACAGCAGCGACGAAAGCAGAAGAGAAAGCGAAGAAGGAAGCAAAGGCGGAGAAAGCAGAGCAGGAAGUGGCAGCAGCAGCAGCUCAACAGAGUGAAACGAAGGUUAGCUGUGGGGGGCAUGGGGAGGAGGGGCAGGGGAUGCGUGUAAAGGAAGGAGAGGUGACUUGCAAGUCGACCCAAGAGGAAAAGGGGAAGUUUGGAAAUGAAGGUGAGGUGUCGGCGAAGGAAGCAGCAGUGCAGAAGGCACGGGAUGGGGAUGGUCAGAGUCGUGAGCAUGCUGAGUUGAAGGCUAGCGAGAUUGUUUCGAAGGAAACAGCACCGCAGAAGCCAAGGGGUGAUGAUGGGCAGAGACAGGAGCAUGCUGACGGAAAGGAGGAGAGCAAGGAGCAUGGGAACGCGAGAAAGGAUGUUCAGAAGGAGUUGAAGGGAGAAGUGGGCUUGGAUGGUGAGGGGCGGGAGGUAAGAGAUGAGCCUGAGGGUGUGCUUUCAAAAGGGGGUGAUAGAGACGAAGGGAUGAAGGGGAUGGCAGAUGUGACAGCAGCGGGAGAGAGAGGGCAGAUAAAGGAAGGGGAGAAAAGAGAGGGGAGAGAUGAAGUGAGAGGGAGGGCAGGACGAAGCGAAGGAGAGACGGGAAAGGAGGAGAAGGAGGGAGAGUCAGUAAAGCUCCUCUCAGAUGCUGCAUCUGGUGGGGCUGUGGCUAUAACCUCAGAACUGGCGCCGCUAAUUGACAUGGCUCCCCCGGUGCUGCCGCCACGCGUGCGUGUGUCGAUCACUCUCACACCGGAGGAGGUGGAGGAGGAUUUUCUAGCAAUCACGGGGCAACCACCACCACAACUACCAAUGAAGAAGAGAAGGAAACUGGAGGCGGCAAACGGGUGGGUUGGCGUAGCCCCCCCAGGUAUGGACGAGCUCCUCCCUCUUGCAGCAGAACCUUCUGAACCUUCUGAGAAGCUUGCUCUCCCAAGCAGCAGCAACAGCAGGGGCAUGUAUCAGCAGGGUAUGGACCCGUCAGUGCCUUUCAACCGACCUUUUGACUCGAAACUGGAAGAGCCGAGGGGAGGAUUCGAGGAUAGAAAGGUUGACGGGUUUGGUAGGAGCCUUGAGGAGAGAAAUGGUAGGAAGGAGGGAGGGGAGGUGGGGGAAGGAGAGAGGGAGAGGGCGAGUGCUGGAGGCGAGGGGAAGAAGGAGAAGGGGGUGGAAGGAGAGGGGAUUGGGAAAAGGGACAAGGAGGGGAAGAAGAAAAAGAAGAAGAGGCAUGAGAAGGAUCGAGAAGGGAGAGUGGGGGAGAAAGGAGAGGAGAGAAAGGAGGGGAAGGGAGAGGGUAAGGUGGAAGGGAGGAAGGAAGAGAAGGGGGAGAGCAAGAGAGAAGGGAGGCAUGAAGGGGAGCAGAGGAGGGAGAAGAAGCUGAAGAAGCAUGGGAGAGUGGAGGGAGGGGAGGAGAGGAGGGAAGGUAGAUCGGCACAGGAGGAAGUAGGCAGGUUGAGAAUUUCUGCAGGAGCAGCAGGAGCAGAAACAGGAGAAGGAGAGGAGAGAGAGAAGGAGAAGGUUAAGCAUCAGGCAAAAGAGAAGGAGAGGGAGAGGUACCGAGAGAAGGAAAAGGAGAAAGAGAGGGAGAAGGAGAAGGAGAGAGAAAGGGAGAGAGAGAAGGAAAGGAGGCUUGUGGAUGUCGAUAGAACAGUGCUUGCUACUCUGGGAGCAGAGAAGCAAGCAGAGGAGCAGAGAGAGAAAGAGGGGGAGGAGGACGAGGAGGAGGAGAAGGAAGAGGAGGAGGUAGAGGAGGAGAGAGGUGAGGAGAAGAGGAGGGGUGGGCCUGGAAUUUGGCAGCGUCCCGACAAGAUUCGAGUAGGUGAGGAGAGAAUAGGUUCCCUUGUAAGGAGAGGAGAUAGAGGAGAAGCUAUUGUUGAGGGGCGGAUGGAGGAAGAGAGAAGAGAGGGGGCAGGCGAGCAGGGGAAUGGAGAGGCCAGGGGAGGGGAGAGGGAGAGGGAAGGUGGAGAGGAGAAGGGUGGGAGAGGGGAGAGGGAGAGGGGGAGGAGAGGGAAGGAGAGGGUGGAGGGAGGUUCGGGAGAAGGCUCGGACGAAGAAUCGGAGGAGGAUUUCCCUGGGGAUUAUCGGGAGGCUGGGUCUGCAGGGGGGGAAACAGGGGGAGGAGCAGGGGGAGCAGGGGGAGGAGCAGCAGGAGGAGCACCAGGGCACCCUGGGGUGCCUGGGGUGAUGGUUAUGAUCCCACCGGCGGAAAUCGUAUCGGAUUUUGUACAGAUCACGGGGAAUCCGCCCCCGCCGCCCAAGAAGGGUUACCACUACUGGCGAAACUUCAUCCCUUUUCAGUGCUUGGACGGCCUACCGAAGGGUCAUGAUUGGGCUAAGGGAUACCCCUGGCCUCUUGUUCCCAAGACAUGA